AUGAACAUCUCUCGCGUAUGUGCAAAUUUACAAAACUUUACACAUCACCUCCAGUGUGGUGCUGCUGCAGCGAGCUUCAAAGGCCAGGGAUGUAGGUCGUUCUUGACCAUCCAUGGCACUGGUGGCUGCGAAGUGCCAUCUUCUCGUAUUUCGUUAACCUCCAGAAGUGGCCACAGAAUCUGCAUACCCUCGGUGCGAACAUACAGCCAAAAAGCUCAUUUUUACAAUGUGGAUCGCAAACGACCUCCGCCGCAGGCAGAUGAGCAACGCGACUCGGACAAGAAACACUCCGAAGAUCAGUUGUUUCAAAUGUUCAAGAACAAGGAAACGAACACGGUCAACAUGGGCAAAUUUCUGGCGGAGCUCCGCACGAUCGGCAUUCGCCGGACGGAUCCCCGCAUCCAGGAGAUGAUGGAAAAUCUGAAACGCGUGCACAAGCUCAACAACUACGAGCACGGAUCACCCCACACGCAGCACCUGAACGAGGAAACGUUCAAGGCAGUGAUCGCCCCCAACAUCGUGCUGAUUGCGCGUGCCUUCCGCCAUCAGUUCGUCAUACCCGACUUCCAGGGCUUCACGAAGGACAUCGAGGAGAUCUACUGGAAGUGCAAGAGCAACGCGGACGGCAAGGUGGCCAACUACAUCCCACAGCUGUCACGCGUCAACCCAGACUACUGGGGCGUGAGUGUGUGCACGAUCGACGGACAGCGUUUUUCGAUCGGUGACCACUCGGUGCCAUUUACGCUGCAAAGCUGCAGCAAACCGCUUACGUACGCGAUCGCCCUCGAGAAGCUAGGCGCACAGGUUGUGCAUCAGUACAUCGGCCAGGAACCCAGUGGGCGGAACUUCAACGAACUCGUGCUUGACUACGAGAAGAAGCCGCACAAUCCGAUGAUCAACGCGGGCGCCAUCCUCACCUGCUCGCUGCUGAAGACACUCGUCCACCCGGAAAUGACGCUCGCGGAGAAGUUCGACUACGCGCAGACCUGCUUCAGCCGGAUGGCGGGUAACGAACCGCUGGGGUUCAACAAUGCGGUGUUCCUGUCGGAGCGCGAGGCUGCCGACCGAAAUUACGCACUUGGGUUCUACAUGCGCGAGCACAAAUGCUACCCAGAAAAGGCGAACCUGCGCGAGUGCAUGGACUUCUACUUCCAGAUCUGCUCCAUGGAGGCCACCUGCGAUACCCUGUCCGUGGUCGCGGCCACACUCGCCAACGGAGGCAUCUGCCCGCUCACGGAGGAACGCGUCCUGCAGUCGGAGAACGUGCGCGAUGUCCUGUCGCUGAUGCACUCGUGCGGCAUGUACGACUUCAGUGGACAGUUCGCGUUUAAGGUCGGACUGCCGGCCAAAUCGGGUGUGUGCGGUGGUGUGAUGCUUGUCAUCCCGAACGUUAUGGGUAUGUUCAUGUGGUCACCUCCACUCGACCCGCUGGGUAACAGCUGCCGGGGGGUGCAGUUCUGCAAGGAGCUGGUGGAGGUGUUCAACUUCCACCUGUACGAUAACAUCAAGCACGGCUCGAACAAGAAGGACCCACGGCGCCAUCGGUACGAAACCAAAGGCUUGUCCGUGGUGAAUCUGCUGUUCUCGGCCGCGAUCGGUGACGUCACCGCUCUCCGACGUCACAAGCUGUCUGGGAUGGACAUCACGCUGUCGGACUACGACGGUCGCACGGCGCUGCAUCUGGCGAGCGCUGAGGGUCACUACGAGUGUGUCCGGUUCCUGCUCGAGCACUGUGGGGUGCCACAUGAUCCGAAGGACCGUUGGGGCAAUCGGCCGAUCGAUGAGGCGGAAACGUUUGGCCACGAGGAUGUCGUAGCGCUGCUGCGUCAGUGGGAGGAGAAGGUGCUCAAGGCGCAAACCUGCAGCACCGGGGAAACGGGCUACAAUUCCGACCAGGAUAGCGAAGGCUCGAGCGGGAGAGGCACCAACCAGACUAAGACACCUGACGGGUCCACCAUGCUACCGUAAGCCGUCCUGGGGCGCCUUAGGAAUUUCGAAAACUGCGACAAUAAUUAUCCUGCGAUUCGUGGAGCGGAUCAUUCACCUCCAUCAGCUAGGUUAGUGUAACGUCACCUACCAUAUGACGUAGUUUAAUCAUCUCCAUGUAACUGCUAUAAAUAUCUGUGUGUAUAUUAUCAACAUAACUGCGUGUCAAUUGAACUGCAACGAUUGCGGUUAAUUCAAGUCAAUGCGCGUCGAAUCUGUAACGAAUUACAUAAAUCAAUAAAAACCUCAAAUGAGACUGUAUCAACCAAAGUGAGAUAAUGAGAGAAAGAGAAAGAGAGAGAGAGAGAGAGAGAGAGAGAGAGAGAGAGAGAAAACGAAUGGUUCCUUUUGAUUGCUAAUGGCGCUUUUGUCUAGUCUUAGCCCCCAAAUGUAUCACCGACUAGCCCAUACAAAAAAGGAAACGUUCAACGUCCCAUUAGCGAAGGUGAAAAACAAACAUUCAUUUCUA